AUGAAAUCAGCCAACGUAGCUGAUCUUCUGCUCGCCUAAGUUUUCUGUUCGCCCCUUGAGUUGAAUGAUCUCUGGUCAUGAAGGUUGAAGUCGUGACCGAAGGAAAGGAAGUUCGUUGCACUUUUGACGAAUUGAUUGAUGACGAAUUGGACUCAAAGGGAAAUUUCAGUGUAUGGCGUUUAUCGAAAUUCUUUAUGGAUGCCCGUCUAGCUUGGAUACUCAAUUCUGAAAAUAUCAAACUCGUGUUCAGAACGGAGUGCUCUUUUUUUGUCCGAUCACAAAAGAUUACAGUUUAUCCUGCGUUUUAUUCUAAAAUACGUCAUUCUAUAUCCGCCGUGUGCACAGCAAGGGUGAUACAAGUUGGUAAAACGUCAUUAGUUAUGGUGUUCGACCUCCAAAUGAAGUCAACUGGUGAAAUGAUAUCUACAUGCCUACUACAUUAUGUAUGUGUCAGUAUAAAAACGCGUCGCUCAAUGCCCCUGCCGCUGAAUUACAUCCAUGAUCACGCAGAUCUGACGAAAAUCCCGAGGCCGACGAUAGUUUCCGAGUUUCCUGGUUUUCCGACCAAUCCACGGAAUUUAUUUAAUUAUCCAAUUGUUGUUGUAAGCAGUGACAUUGAUAACAACGGGCAUACUAACCACUCGCGUUAUAUCGAGUAUUGUAUGGUUUGCGCCGAUUUUGCGGCCCGUGAGCGAGUAUAUUCUAUAAUUCGUAAAGAUGUUACCGAGUAUCAAGUCCGUGACAUUUCAUUAACAUAUUUGGGUGAAUCCUUACUAAAUGACAAACUACUGGUGACGUCAUGGGAAGACAACAGAAACCCACACAUUGUAUAUUUUGUCAUUCAUAAAGACAAACGUCUUAUAUUUUGGUGUUCAAUUAAUUUCAAUAUAUCGAAACUUCAAUCUCGUAUUUAGGGAAUGCAAUGUGUUUUGUCUGUGUAUGCAAUAUCUACAAUCUCGUAGUGAUUAGCAAUGAUUGAGUUGGUAAAGAAAUAAAUGAAGUUAUUAUCUUCAUGUGAGAUUCGAUCUUCCGGUCCCUGGUUUAAAGGCAUAGGGCAUUUUCAAUAAAUAAUUGUAAGGAUAUGGGCAAAUAAGUGAGGAAAUCAUUACUCUCCUGUAAGAACCCGCGAUUUGCAAUAUCAGUGAUGUUAUCACCGACAUAAGGCCGAUUUAACCAUAUAGUAGACUUUGAUGUAACAAAUAAACAAAAAUCAACGUUUAAAAAAUACACUAGUUAAAAUAUAACUCUCUUUACGUUAUUGUAUACCUCACAACAAUUGAUCGAUAAACCAUUAACUAUUCGUAUGUGAUAUCACAUUUUGCAAUAGCACAAUGUUUUAUUUACAUAAAUAAUUUAGACUCACCAAACUGCAAAUAGUUGUUGUGUUAAAAAACAAUUGUUUGUUGGAAAUAAAUACAACCUGUCUUCUUAUAUCAGUAUAUGUAUAUACCAGCCUUUAUCAGAAUUGUAUUUGUGGAUUCUUUCAUCGCAUGAAAACUGUUUUAUUUUGUAAAUGUAUUUAAUACAGAUGAGUGUUAUCGA